GGAUAUUCCCGUAGCAAUAUAUAAAGCUCAGCGACGUGGAACAUAUACACCUGGCGUUAUUUGAAUUGAAUGAACUGACAACAUGACAGUCAACGCAACAGUAAAUAAGUUGAUAAUGUUUGGUCUAUAUAAGGCACAACUUACUAGUAAGUGUCAUGAAAGUUCUAGAGCUGCUCACUAUACGCAAAGAAACACACAAACACAAGACUCGAUUGAACUGCAGUCUGAUACACACAACAAUUACAAACGGAUAAUCAAGUAUGGGUCUUCUUCUUGCCAAACUGUACCAAGCUGUGCAGAUGUUUCAAACUGGUACACCCACCAGGGUGUUAAUGCUAGGCUUGGAUGCUGCUGGGAAAACGACGAUUCUCUACAAGGUGAAAUUGAAUGAAAACGUCUGCACAAUUCCUACCAUUGGAUUUAACGUCGAGACUGUUUCCCCAAUCAAGGGCGUGACCUUCACAGUCUGGGAUGUUGGAGGGCAGGAAAAAAUUCGACAGUUAUGGAAGUAUUACUUUGUCAACACGCAGGGCCUCUUGUUCAUAGUCGACAGUGCAGACGUGUCUAGGUUUCCAGAAGCAAAAGAGGAACUCUUCAAUGUAAUCAAAGCAGACGAGAUGCGUGGAGUGCCUGUGGUUGUAGUGGCCAAUAAGCAAGACUUGCCUGGAGCUGCUUCCACAGCAGAAGUUGCUGACAGGCUAGGACUGACAGAAAUGAAUGACAGGAAGUGGUUUGUUCAAGGCGCAUGCGCAGUCAACGGAGAAGGUAUCUACGAAGCAAUGCACGAAAUGGCAAACUUGGUGAAACAAUUCAUGAAAGGUUGAGUGAGCAUUUCGCGAUGCACGGGGAAAAAAAUCACUGACCUAUAAAAAAAGAUCAUUUGAUGUGAAACAAAGCGCAAUGUAAUGCACUCAUGUUUCAUAGUAUUAUGACCAGGGACCAGACACAUUAGAACUCGUCAUUAUUUCAUUUAAGCGUCGAGUCAUGCCGUGAUUUAUAUUCAUUUCAAGAACACUUUUUAAUGGUGCAAUAUCGAUGUAUUUACAUUUGUUUUAUGAUGAAAAAGGGUAAAUGAUUGUGAAGAGUCCAUAACGAUUGUAUGUGAAUGUUGUAUUGUUACAAAUAAUACUUCCACAAUAUGAUAAUCAAUAAUCUUGCUACAAUGUGAAUACCAUUUAUAUUUUAUACAGUGUGAUUACCAGUAACAACGUGACUACUGUUUAUAUUUAUAUAGUGUGAUUACCAAUGUAAUUCAUUUCUACAAUGUAUGUUCUUAGAAACUAUUACACACACAUUUUUGUGUGCUAUGGUCAUAAUUCAUAUUUAAUGUUUCUCCUUCCAUCACCCAAAUAGUGUUGACAUAAAUACAUUGAACCGGCUACAACUUUGUUGAUAAAGUCUUUGUGUGUUUUUUAAUCUUUUGUUUUUUACUUCAAUUCCAACGUAUACAACCUAAGCUUGUUGACAAUACAAACGACAAAUCAGGAAUGUUCUCUUCAAUCAAAAGAAUAUAGAAACGUUUCAUCAGAACAAAAUGAUCUCAUUACAAAAUGUUCAUUAGACAAAUAUUCAAACAGAAAAAAACAAAAAAAAAAUACCGGGUAUUAAAUUUUUUAAAAAGACAAUACAUUCUAUAUACAUCUUUUAGAGCGAUUGUUUUCAAUUAACAACCAAUGAAUGUUAGAGUUACAAAACAAAUCAAUAAAAAUGGAACACUGAACAUUAAUUUUAUGAACUCUAAAUGCAGAAAUAUCCAAAGACGUUUCAGAAAAAUAUUUUCUAGUCUCUAGCCAAAUUUAAAUUUAUUUUUUUAUACCUUGAAGCUGUCAAACUUGAGUUUUUCCACUGUGGACUCAAAAGUAAGGUAGCAAUUAUACAUAAAAUACUGAACCAUAACCUUCAAAUACAAAAAACAAAAGCUAAUAAAA